GCGCGGAACCUUUGUUUAUCACUCCUCCUUUUCCCCUCCGGAUUAAAAUAAGAGCGUACAGCGGAGCGGCCAAAGUUGCCUGGGCGGCGCCAAGCCCUAAAGCUACGCUGCUUGUACCAUAGAAGGAAGAAAUGUAGAGAAGCUCAUCCUGUUGUCCGCAGAGGAACCUUCUAGGUUUGUUUCUGGGUUUUUCGGAGUGUCCAUUGGGAACUGCCCGUAGAAGUCAACGGAGAAUCAUAGAAUAGAACUUUAGAGUUGGAAGGGAUCCAGGCGGUCAUCUAGUCCGAUCCCUGCAAUGCAGGAAUCAUGCCCAAAGCCUAAGCCCCAAUGAAUCAACCCUGGGACAAAAGGAAGCAGCAAAGAGUGGAAUUGUUUCUAAUUUGGGGUUUAUGUUGUCUGAAAAAUGUUGAUUUGAAAAAGGGCCCCCUUUCUCUUUGUCACCUAAAUGCAGUGCUCUCUUGUAUGCAGAAACCUCGUGCUCUGUUGACCUCCAUGGACACACAUUGCAAUUUUAAAUGCCACAAGAAAAAGAAUGCAAAAUAAAUAAAAUGAAGUGUAGGUUCAUUUCCCACACCAAACAAGGCCUGAGUUUGCUGUGUGAGGUGGCACAGAGGCACACUGGUCACUCCAUACAAUCAGAGGUUUCCCCAAUAAAUUCAGUUGGCAGCUCUGACAGCCACCAUGGAGAGGUGGGCAAAGGAGACCUGACUGAACCAGAAGUCAGUUAGACUGUUUUAAUGAGUGGAGUGAUUACGGCUAUGGCUAUCUGGGGUUUGUUGUUUUUUAGCCGAUGUUCAGACUUUGUGCAUCACUCUAACCUUUUUACUAUCUCUGUGACAGAGAGUCAAGGUGCGUUGUUGAAAAAAGUCCGUGUUGCAGUUGCUCGGGAGGUGAGAGACGCAUUUGUGCUUGCUCUGAAUGCUUCUUAAUUCUCCUUCUGUCCUGGCCCCCUCUGUGUCUCUGUUUAUUUCUUCCCCAACUUAUUUAGGGGCAGCGUAGAAGGGAUUGAUUAUGAUGGAAAGGAGCCCUCCUAUCUUAACAAUGCCGCCCUCUGUUCCUUUCCAGGCACAGCUCUGAGUUCUUGCCCCUCAACCACAUGCACAACCCUGCAAGCCCAUCCUAGCCAUAAAAUGCACGACUUCUGGGCUGAGGCAGUUUAUUCAAAUUGCCCCUCAUUUCCCCACCAAGCCUCUUAGAAGUAGAGGAGCUUCACACACUCCUGCAGAAAACACCAGUAUAGGGGAGUACUCUCAUUCAGUACUAUAACUAGGGCCAGCUUGAGAUAUUUUGCUGCCUGAGGCAAUAGGACAAGGUGCACUCUGCCCUCUUCAUGUACAGAAGUACAUGAAGUACCUACUGGACUGGUAGUUGAAUCUUAUUUCAGUACUGGCAGGGCCAGCUCUAUCAUUAGGCAAAAUGAGGUGGCUGCCUCAGGCAGCAGAUGCUGAAGGGGCAGCAUAGGCAGUCUCUCUCUCCCUCCAGCAGCUCUUCCUCCUAAGCUCUCCUGUCAAUACUGCUCCUUUGGAGGACUUAACAACUGUAUGUGUACUGACCGCAUGGUCUGUCCUAGUCUCACUAAACUAUCCUGCUGCCUCAGGUGUAGUGGUGGAAGUUACUGUGUCAACAGUGUCAGAGUAAGAAUCAACUGCUUUGGGGGCCAAUUGAAUAUUUGAAUUCAGAUAUCUGAACAUCCCUGGUCUAACACUACAAUCCAGGGUAGCCAUUGUGGUGCCCUCCACAUCUUGCCACACUACAGCUCCCCUCAUCCUUGACCAUUGACCAGACUGGCUGGGUCUAAUGGGAGUAGUAGUCCAACAACAUCUGGAGGUCAUCACAUUGGCUGCCCUUGCUCUCAUCACUGUAUCAGUCUCUCUGUAAGUCAGUAGUUACCUGAUAUUACUUUAGAAAUGUUUUGAUUUCAGAUGUACACUUCAGUUGUUGGGUUUGUUUUUUUAGAAGUGCCCUUAAUUUGUGAAUGUAGCAAACAUGGUGUCAUGGAAGUACACUCACCAAUUGGAUCAGAAUUGGAUCAGUUUUUUCCUUGAUAACAAACCCAUGUUUGCUUCCUAAAUACUGUGUGAAAUGGUCCAUAUAUUCUGACAUUUUGCUGUCUUUUUUUAGAAAAAGAACAAAAGUUGCAUCAUGUCGUACAGCCAGAAGCAGUCCACAGUAGCCUUUGGUCAGGCAGUGAUUGGGCCUCCUGGCUCAGGAAAAACAACUUACUGUCUUGGCAUGCAGGAAUUUCUUUCUGCAAUUGGGCGCAAAGUAGCUGUGGUGAACCUGGACCCAGCCAAUGAGGGGAUUCCUUACCAGUGCGCUGUGGAUAUCUCAGAACUUAUCACCUUGGCUGAUGUAAUGGAGAACUUGAAACUGGGACCCAACGGUGGCUUGAUCUAUUGCAUGGAGUAUCUGGAGGCCAACUUGGACUGGCUGCAGGAGAAACUGGCCCAAUUUAAGGGGCAUUACUUCUUAUUUGACUGCCCGGGACAAGUGGAGCUUUGCACCCAUCAUAGUUCAUUGAGAAACAUCUUUGCUCAGCUUGCUAAGUGGAACUUCAGGGUAUGGUUGGUGUAGAUGAGGGAUGGUAGCCCUCCAAGCAUUUGUAUCUGGCCCUUGGGGCUCUCCCUGCACCGUACCCCCUCACCACCUCUUCUUCAAGCUUCUUUUACAGUUUUUGCUUGGCGGCAAUGUGCACUUGAAUUCUGAUAAUGUAUUUUGCAUGCCUGGAGAGGGAGAGGGUGGGUGAGAGUGUGUUGAAACUAGCCUAAUGCACCAAGGUAAAAGUCACGCUUGCUGCUUUGUCCACUUUUGCCCCUGGCAUGUGACCCAACCCCCACCCCCCAGAAGAGAAUGUGACUUUCAGGCUGAAAAAGUUAUCCUGCCCCUGGUGCAGAAAAAUAAAACAAUGUUAGAAUUUUGCAUGGAAAAUGGGUACUGGGAGUGAGAGCAUCCUUUGGUGCCAAAAUGCAAGCCAGAUUUGGCUCCAAUGCACAUUAGCUGUAUGUAGCAGAGUAGCCUUUUACAACUCAUUUUCCUGUGGCAAGCCAUUUGAGUGAAGUGGUUCAGGCAGUUCAAACUACACAAUUGCAAUUCCUUUAUUUCUGUGGAUUGUAUUGAUUGCUUAGAAUUGCCUGAGCUGGAAGGGGUGGUUUGUCAUCUGAAUAGCUUGGAUGCCUCCAUGCAGCUGUGUUUUUGACUGGCUACCAUGCUGUAAAGAUUCAUGUGUGAACUGGGCUUUAGGAUUAAGUGUCCUGGGCUCUUGUAUUCCCUAUUUCAGUUUUGAUGGCCAUUUACACCUUAUGAAGAUUUUUUAAAAAAAUCUACCACCCACCAUGUCUGGAUUUAGCUUCAGCUGGCUUAAUUGCAUCCAACCUCCUAUAGUGUUCAGAUUCCAGAGAAGUAUCAGGACUAAAGUAGCUGUAUCAGAUGAAAAUGAAAAGGUACAGCUCUCUGAUUUUAAUGUAAUGAUGGCACUUGGCUUUAAACCUCUUAAUAAUCUUACACAGAGACUGUAUAGGCAUUGAAUAGGUGGAGGCACAAGAUGGAACCUCUAUGUUAGGAAUGAGAUAACCCAUUCUAGCUGUUCUCUGAACACCACUAGGUUCAACAGACUGGUCACCUCACGGAAAACAAUAAUAAAUAUCAAGUAAUGAUCUCUGGUUGGUUAAGGUGCAGUUGCUUCUUUUUUUGCUGCUGUCUAACUGUAGACUAAAGACCAUUAUUGGAUAACCUCCCCCCACCCUACCCUGCUGUUUGGUAAACUGGAUGGAGCGUGGUUUACAUGGGGAAGGGCUUUGCUUCAGUGUAGAGCAUCUGUUUUGCAUGCCAAUGGUUGCAGGUUCAAUCCCUGGCUUCUCCGGUAGGAUCAUGUUCCUGCAAGAUUCUGGGGUGGGGGGCUUCAAUGCAGCUGGUUUAUGGGCUUUUAGAGGGGAAACAGGGCUAUUUCUUUACUUACUCUGUAAGCAACCCAACUUCCACUACAACGGUUUUCCUAAACCAGUACUACUGUCACUAUGUAAUAUUACUUAUAUUUAUCAGUUGCAUCAGACAAUGAGACUUUGGAAGCUUUGGCCCUCCAUAUGUUGUUGGACUACAAAUCCUAUCAGCCUCAGCCAGCAUGGUCAAUAAUCAGGGAUGUUGAGAGUUGUAGUUCAGCAACUUCUGGAAGGCCACAUGAACCCCAUCCCUGCCCUAAGUGUUUACUUGUCUCCAGUAAUUUGUCAGGAUGUCCCAGACGUGACACAAAAUUGAUUCUCAUCCUUCUCUUGUUUCUUCUUUGCACAGCUGGCGGCUGUCCAUUUAGUGGAUUCUCAUUACUGUACGGACCCUGGCAAGUUCAUCUCCAUUCUCUGCACUUCCCUCUCCACCAUGUUGCACGUAGAACUACCCCACAUCAACGUCCUCUCCAAAAUGGACCUAAUCGAGCAGUAUGGGAAACUGGGUGAGAGCCAUCAGUAGGGGGUCCUUGAAUGAAUGGCCACGGGGAAGAUGGAUGUAACCUUUUUCUAAGUGACAGUGAGAAGUUGUGGAUAAUCAGAUCCUGUAGCCUGAGAGAGACCAUAAUUCAGUGUUAGAGCACCUGCCCUGCAUGCUUGGUUACUACCUUUCCAGUGAAAAGAAACGGAGACAGCAGGUUCUGGAAAAGACAAUUGCCCUCUAACCUAGAGCAAGGGAGGGGAACUUUUUUUCAGCUUGAGAGCCACAUACCCUUCUAAGCAAGCUUCCAGGAGCCACAUACUAGUGGUGGUUGGGCAAGAAUCACAAGUGAGCAGAGCAAAGAACGUCAAUUCUAUCUUUGCACCAUAGGAUUGUUUCUGCACAUACUUAAAUACACACCCCAUCCUCCAUCCAGGUAAGCAAGAAGCAUUGUCAGUUCAAGGGCCAAUUCUAGUUAGGCAAAAACACACAAGGAGAGUGCAAAGCAAGGCUCUUGAGUGGUGUGACUUUGGAGAGAAUGUGGCCUGGGAGAUCCCCAAGGGCUCGAUAAGGAGACCUGGAGAACCUCAUUUGAUCCCCAUACCUGACAUUCCCCAUGCUUGCCCUAGAGAGAAGCUCCAGUUAGAGAAGACAGCUGUGGGCUAGCCCAGGAGUGCCAAACCUUUGACCCUCCAGAUAUUGCUGAAUUACAACUCCCAUCAGUCCUGGCCAUUGGUCAUGCUUGCUGAGGCUGAUGGGAGCUGUAGUUUAGCAGUGACUGGGGGGCUAAAUGUUCCCCACUGUUGGGCUAGAUUCUAGUCACUACAUUAGAGAAGAGAAACCCGAGACUUUCCAGGUGCUGCUGACUACAGCUCCCAUCACCCUUGAUCAUUGGGUAUACAAUCUGGGGCUGGUGGGAGUUGGGAGUCCAGCAAUCUCUGCAGGAUCCCAGGUUCUAAAGGUAGCUCUUUAUAUGUUUAGGAAGCCACUUUCAAAACUUGAGUUUUGGCAUUAACAGGAGACUGGGAUCUCCAGUGGAUUUGCCAACUCUUUAAUGGCCUUUAAUAUAUGCAUAGUAUAUCUAUUUUAGAUUGUAAGCCUAUGGGUAGGGAGUGAUGUGAUUUGGCUUUAUCUGCACCUUUUGUUCCUGAAUUUGCUAGAGACUUGUCUUUUUUUGUCUUGCAGCCUUCAAUCUCGAUUAUUACACAGAGGUUCUUGAUUUGUCCUAUCUAGUGGAUCACCUGGCUACAGAUCCUUUCUUCAAGAACUACCAACACUUGAACAAGAAGCUUGUGGAAGUGAUUGAAGACUACAGCUUGGUUUCCUUUGUUCCUCUCAAUGUCCAGGUAGCCAAGCCAAAUCAGCAGGAAAGUAAUAAUUGACAUUUGGGGAGCAGGCAGCCAUUCAGUUUAGGUUCUGUUUGGACUAUUUCCUUUUCCUGCUGGAAAAUGUAAACAGCGUCUUUCAGGAUCUGGAUUUUAUAGGCUUUUCCAUUUCAGAUAUUGGCUGUAAUUUGUUGCUAUAGCAUUAAAUAAUAAUGUGUUUCAUUAAAUUACAUGAAAUAAAUGGCUAAUAUAGUUUAGUGGCUAAGACACUGGACUGGGAAGCCAGGAGUCCUCCAAUUCAAAUCCUGCCUUUGCCAUGAGCUCACUUGGUAGAUCUAAGCAAGCUUCUGUCUUUCAGACUCAGGAUUUUGGUAAAGCAGGAGUGGGAAACCUGUGGCCUUCCAGAUGUUGUUGGCCUCUAAUUCCUAUUAACCUCAGCCAGCAUGGCCAAUGGUCAGGGAUGGUGGAAGUUGUUGUUCGCCAACAUCUAGAGGGAUAUGGGUUCCCCACUUCCACUAUAAAAAGUAUUGAGAUAAUGUUUGUAAUCGCCUUCAAAUAGUGGCCACAAUCCUGUGCUCAGUUACCUGGAAGGAAAGCCCUCUUUCACUCAGUGAAGCUUGCACCUGAGUAUCUGAUUGUGCUCUAAAGCACUAUUUAAUAAUGCUAAGCAUUGCUAUAUGCUAACUUUAAAAUAGGAAGUUUGCUUAAAUUAUGUUCCAGAAAGUAAAGAAACAGAUGGUAAUUUGGCAAUGCGUUUACAUAUACUAGCCAGAUUGGAGAGUGAUGCUGAAAGGAUCAAAGAGAAUUAGAAAUAUAGAAAGAAGCUGGACUGCUUUUAUUUGUCACUAGGAAAGUAAAACUCCCACAUGUAUUAAUAUGCUAUAUAAAUGAAUAUGUGUAUUUACGCUCAAUUAUUCUGAGAAGAAAACAUCUGUUAAUACAGGAGCUAGGGCAUGGAACUAACAGGCAAAAGAUUUAAAAAUACAUAUAAGGAAGCACCAUGUGACGAGCAAGAAUCAUGGAAGUUUGAUGGGGAAUCCAGCUAAACUGGAAGUGAACAAAAAAAAGUGCUGAAAGGGAAGGGAAUAUUGAAAGAUGAUCUUUGGAUUGCAGUCUGCCUCUAAGCCAGCUCACAUGUGCUUCUUUCAUCACCUGAUGAUUGCCGUACCAAGUAGCAAUGUGCAUGUGUGAAUGAGCUACUACAAUUCAAAAUCCACAGCUAGAACUUCUGUAUCUCAUCAGACCCAAACCAGGUGGAGUCCCAAGUGAUGAGAAAUCACAAGUGGUGAGAAAUCAAGUGAUGGUACAUGCCAUGUGUUAACUGGACCAGUGAGUAGCAUCAUGGAACAUGAAAGAGAAAUUAAUUUUGGCCCUUAACGUGUCCAUUUUCCAAGGAUAAGGAGAGCAUGCAGCGUGUGAUGCAGGCGGUGGACAAAGCCAAUGGCUACUGCUUUGGAGACGCAGAGCACAGAAGCCUUCAAGCCCUGAUGUCUGCAGCAGUGGGAGCCGAUUUCCACUUCACAUCGUAUCCUUUUUUAUUGUGUUCCCCUUCCCUGCUGCAAGACUGAGUCUUAUUUAUGCAUCGCAAGGAAUAAUCAUCUAAGGGAAAUCUGCAUGCCCAUAACUAUACUGCAGUUUUGAGGGUCACUUUACACUACCAUUGGCACUGGUGAUCAGAUGGAAGUUUUACUUAUUUAUUUUAUUCAUUUAACAGAUUUAUAGUCCACCUCAUAGUAUAAAGCUGUUGAAGCACUGCACAGUAUAAACUUAUGAAUCAAACCUGUACAGUGUGCAUGAAUAAGCCUGUUUCUACAAUUCCAGCCCAGUUUCAAAGGUGUGUUGUGAUUGUGGAAAUAAGCUAUAUUUGUGUCAAUAUCGAUAGCAUUUAUUUUUAUUUUAUUGAAGUAUUUAUAAUCGACACUUUCAUACAAUCUAAUCAAGGCAGUAUACAGUAUGCAAGAUUAUAAUAAAAUCAGUGAAAGCAACAUCAUUUGAAACUUCACUAUAACAUCAGCAAAUACUGGUUGGUGAAAAAGAAAAAAAUUCAUAUUGGAAAGGCCUGUUUAAGCAAAGCAGGACCUGUAUUCAGAAGGCAGCUGAAUACAGGUAUGGACGAUUCCUGAUGAACCUCUACUGGCAGGGAGUUCCACAGGCAGGUCCUGCCACACUAAAGGCCCAGUCCCUAAGUAGAGGCCAACCGAAACUCAGAGGCAUGAGGAGCCACCAGAAGUGCCCCAUUGAAGGAUCUCAAUGACUGAAGUAGAGAGUAAGGAAUCAGGCAGUCCUUAAGGGCAUUUGGACCCACGUUUUUAGGGCUUUGUGAGUUAAUACAUGUAGAACCAUGUAGGUGAUACUAAGCUAAUAUACAGGAGCACCAAGAUACACCCACCUGCAUCCUGCAUGUGAGAUUGCCAGCAUGGAUGCAAUCCAUAAGCUGUGGUUUAUUACUCCAUAUUCUGCAUGUCCGGUCAGAUAUUAGGCUUUACGAGUAAGUUUCUAACCCUUAGGGCAGUAAGCAGAGCAAAAGCCCAAAGAUGAUGUAAUACUGACUCUCUUUCUCGGAGCUUUUGAAAACAAUUUCUUAUGAGCUGUGGGCAAACUUUUUACCACUCUUUGAUUAAAAUCUGAGCACCUCUGGGGUCUGGAUAAAAUUGUUUUGUGGGCUGGACGUAGCCUGAGGGCUGCCGGGUAGCCACCUCUGAUCGAGACAAAUUGCUUCUCCCACUCUUGUUCCGUGUAGCUCAAAUUCCUUUUUGUAUUGUUUGCUGCUUCCGAUACUGUAACUUUUGGGUGGAAUGUCCUCACAUUAAUUGCACUGUCAGCUAGCAGUCAAACAGAGAUCUGUGCUCCUUUCUUUCUCUCACACACACACUCUAAGCAUCAGCCACCACUUGCUGUUUAUUUCCCCUUAACUCACAUACAACCAGCACAUUAGCAGUCCAGGAGAAGUAUGUGCAGCCACAGGAGAAAACUGUGGAGCAGGAAACCAUGGACGUGUAGCAUGCCUGCUGCAGCUGUAAACAGGUGGACAGCUCCUCCCAUCCAAGUUGGCUUCCCAUCUUUUAUUAACCUGAAGCUGAAGAAGUACCCCGCAAGAUAUGGGCUACCAAGAUGCAGCUUGGGCCUUUAGGUUCCUCCCACAAAAUAACUUUCUUUCUGGUGUACUUGGGGGCCUCUGUGCUUGAGACAAAGAGGGGCCUCCCCACCAAAAAAACCAGUUAGCAGUGAGCUGCGGUAUGGGCAGCUGUGAGGCACAGAAGAUGACCGGUGAAAUGGCAAAAGUAAUAGAAGUCUGCUGCCUGAAGGAAGUUUGCACCAAAGAUUGUCUUUUUUUUAAUAAUAUAUUUAUUAAGAUUUUUUUUAAAAUAUU